UGACGGCGGCGACCCCGCCCCUCAGGCCGCUCCUCCCUCUCGGGAAGGGGUCACUGAGCGUCGGCUCCGUACGCGCGCGCCCCGCGAUGGGGACCGAGCUCGGGCAGGCGGGGGGAGGGGCAGCUGUCACGACGCUGAGUGAUCUAGCGGAUGUCUGAAAGUUGACUUGAGCAUAAGCAGUGAGAUGUUUUGCCAUUUGGGGGCUGUGAGGAGGUUGUGUCUGGAGAAAAUAUUGCUACAAUGGGUUCUUCAGGCAAGACCUUUGUCAGGGGCUGAAGCCGUCAAUGCUCUCAGACCUUUCUAUUUUGCUGUGCAUCCAGAUUUCUUUGGCCAGCAUCCCAGAGAAAGGGAAAUCAAUGAAAAUUCUCUUAAGAGGUUAAAUGGCUAUUUGGAGAAUCUCCAGAAACCAGGAUUUAAAUCUUUUAAGCCAACUCAACUCACUUUUUAUGUGAGAGAGAGAGAACAAAACUCUUCUGAUGUCCAAGAAUCCUUCAGUGCUGCAGUGCCUUAUCUAAUACCCAUUGAUGUCCAUUGGCAUUGGAUCAGGCCCUUAAAGGCUAUCCCAGGUUUUCGAGCCGUCAGUUUUACUUUGCACACCAGGGACUUACUAAGCACAGUAUUGGACAUUCUCAACUCCUGCAGCUUAUCUACUGAGCAUGUCCAAAGUGUGAACUCUCAGCCUCACAAAGAAGUAAAAGGGACAUUUUACAGGCCUAUCAAAUGGGACAAGACUUACUACUCGUUUACUGGAUUCAAGGAUCCUGAGGAAGAACUAGAACAAGCCCAGAGGGUGGAAAUUACUCUAAUCUCCUGGUUAGAUAAUAGUGAAAAAAGUGCAAUAAAGAAGCUGAGAAAGAGCUUACCACUUAGGGAAGAACUAAACCGUUUAAAAGAUGAACUCACUCAUCAGCUACAGCUCUCUGAUAUCAGGUGGCAAAGAAGCUGGGGUAUUGCCCAUCGUUGUAGCCAGCUACACAGUCUAGGUCGUUUAGCUCAGCAGAGCCCAGAAGUACUGAGGAACGUUAAAGGACACACAGUAGUAUUCACGGACUGUUCAGGUAUGAGUGCAACAGGCCAUGUCAUGCUAGGCACAAUGGAUGUUCACCAUCACUGGAUCAAAAUUUUUGAAAGAUUGCCUAGCUAUUAUAAACUUCAAAAGAAGAUGCUGCUUUUGGAGGACCGUAUAAGUCAUCUUCUAGGAGGCAUACAAAUAACAUACAUUGAAGAGCUGCAGCCACUGUUAACUCUUGAAGAGUAUUACACUAGUCUUGAUGCUUUCUAUAAUAGAUUGCUUAACAGUAAACUAUCUUUUCAUCCUCGUAGUCUGCGUGGCUUGCAAAUGAUUCUAGAAAGUGAUAGGUAUGCUCCAAACUUGCAUGAACUUGGGCAUUUUAACAUCCCAACAAUGUGUGAUCUAGCAACCCUUCAGUGGUUUAUUAUUACCAAAGCACAGCAAGCAAGAGAGAAUCUGAAAAGAAAGGAAGAGUUGACAGUGAUGGAAAAAGAGCUAAUCAGUGCUUCCACUGAAAAAUUUUCUCUGAAACAGCUGUAUAAGGAACCAAGUAUUUCCCAUGCACAGAUGAUAGAUUGUUGUAAGCGACUGCUGGAAGAAUCGCUCCCAUACCUGCAAGGCAUGCACCUCUGCAUUUCACACUUUUACUCAGUGUUGCAAGAUGGAGACCUCUGUAUUCCUUGGAACUGGAAAAGCUGAGGCCUGUCUAAUAAUCAGAGGAACUGUCUGUUUUCUCUGAGGCUAUAAACAUGAAUGAUUUUCUUUUAGAGUAAAUUAUUUAAAUGUGUAUUUUGAUAUCAGUAUUUUCACUAAUCCAAGAACUUUCUUUAAUUGCUGCUCAGAAAGUAGAACUUCAGUUCUAGACAGCUUGAUGAAUAAGGUACAUUAUUGCCUGUUCAUGCAUAAACAUUCUGUACGGUUUCCAUACUCCUUUACAAGUCCCAUCAUAGGGAAGGGGUAAUGAAAGGUCAUUUUUGAUAGUUAAACAAAACUUUUGAAUUGGAUUUAAAGGUUACAAAAAGGGUUUUGGUUUGUUUUUCAUAUACAUAAAUAUUCCAGGAUGGAUUUUAUUAAGUUCAUAGAAAUUGUACCUCUAAAGCCAAGCGCUAUGUACUGUCCAAAGUAGGUAAUUAACUGGAUUCAGAAAUUAAGAAAUAUCUUGUCAAAGUAGUUUUAGGGGUGGCAAAAGCAGUAGAAGUAAUUCUAGAGUCCUUCAUAUAUCAUUAAGUGUCUGGUGCCAGUAUGUAGUUACAUAUUGCUGUAUAUCUUACUGUAUAAGAAAUAUAGAAGAAGGAAAAAUCCAUCAGUGUUUAUUAUGCAAAUAGGGACAGUAUUUGAACAUUUGUUUAAGAGGAGUUUAUUUUAAAUGUCAAUCCAAUAUCUGCCCAUUGGAGUAGGUGUUUACACUUUCAAAAUGACAUCCUCUUUGUAAAUAUAUCUCCAAUCUACAUUAUUGUUACAUCAUUUGUUACUGGAGUGUAAGAUGCAUCAAUUGAUUUUAAAUACACUGUAGCUACGGGCAUGACUGUGAAACUUCUCACACUGGUGAGCACUGAUUUGCAUGACUAGUCCUGAUGAAGUCUAGGGAUGGUAGAAGUCAGUGUCUGUCUGACUACUUAUGACAGUAAAUGCUCACUAAUGUAAGUAUGAGGUUCACAGUCAGCCCUGAGGAUCAGACAUACUGAAUUUUAUUUAAACUUGAUAACUCGAAUAUCGUAAGAUAAGGAUUGAGGGCUUAUUUUCUGAGUAAAUGUUAUACGCAUUAAAAAGUUGCUGUUUCACUGUAUUUCAUACUAGAAUACACACUGUGUUUGAGUUCUACAUCUUCAAAAUCAUCUGAAAGGAACUUGCCAGUUAACAUUUUUUGGACUUGGAUUCAUCUUUCAGAACUGGCAAAAAUACUGUAAAAUAAAUAUGUAUAAAUUAUG